AAGAUCCCGACGCCGCCCUGAGCACACCAAAAAGAUGAAGUUGGCGAACACCUCCCAAACAACCAUCCCUCCGUCACGCGUCGAAACAGGAAGGUAGCCGGGCAGCGAGCGCGGUGACGUGCGAUCCGUCUAUUUCGGGAGCACGCCACCAAGCGUUCGCAGGGGGAGCCGGAUCCGAGCCUGGGCGGAGGGCACGGGACAGGGCGUGGAUGCCAGUGCGAGUGAGAGCGAAGCAAGCCAUUGUCAACGCCGAUGCGCCCUGGGAUAACUGUCGAGUCGCGGGUGCCAGCCGCGCGCCAUUUGUGGCGCUAUCCACGUGUUGUCCCUUGUUUUCCCCCACGACGUGUCUACGCGCCUCGCGUCCCGUCCUCCUCAUACCGUAUCCCCCGACGCGCCGUACUCCCCGCCAUCUUCAUCGUCCUCCAACUAUCAUGAAUCUUACGCUCUACACGAUCUCCGCCUUCAUCAUCAUGGACAGCGAAGGGCAUCGCGUCCUCGCGAAGUACUAUAGACCAAAGAGCGCGGAGGCGCUGGCGCCGCUGGGGGCGAAAGCUAGCAGCUUGACAACACUGAAGGACCAAAAGGCGUUCGAGAAGGGCUUGUGGGGGAAGACGAAGAAGGCUGGAGGCGAUAUCAUCUUGUACCAGGACCACCUCGCAGUCUACCGGCACUCCCUCGACCUCAUCAUCUACUUUGUCGCGUCUCCGGCGGAGAAUGAGUUGAUGCUGUCAACAGCACUGAACUCCCUCGUCGACGCGUUCAACCUCUUGCUACGGGGGCAGCUCGAGAAGCGCGCCGUGCUCGAGAACCUCGAUCUCAUCUUGCUAUGCCUCGAUGAGGCGGUCGAUGAUGGCAUCAUCCUCGACACCGACUCCACCGCACUUGCGUCCCGCGUAUCACGAUCAAAGGCGGACACGACGGAGAUCGUCAUCAACGAGCAAACGGUCAUGAACGCGUUGCAAAUCAUGGGCGAGCGCGUCCGCGGGCAAAUCGCGCGUGGCCUCUAGAAGACCACGUCGCGGCGUCUAGGAGCUCGCUCGUAGCAUGCCAUUGUGUAUCCUCAUUGUCCAUAUUGCAUUCUUGACCCUCCCAGCCUCGUCUACAACUUUGCCAGUGCUC